CCAACAAUGUUUCCGGUGGACAUAGUGAUGGUAUUAUUUGACUUGAGUUUUAAAGACUUCGAUUGGUUGCUGAUAUAUUGAGAGCUGAUGAUUUAAAGAAGUUCAAUGAACAGGGAAGACAGAAACUGUUUAUAUAGACUUCUCCCCCUCCUCUUCUCAUCAUGUUGGACUGACUCGACGAACACUCAGCACAACAAUUCCACUCGCACAUCUUGCAAAAACAUGCCGGAGCAAAUCGAAUCAGGCAGUGAUGACGCAGAAGAUGCAAGGAAUUUAGAAGAGAUCAGCCAUUGUUAAGUGUUUAGCAAACAAUCUCGAUACUUUUCACCAUUUUCUUCAGAUCUAUCUUACAGCUCCUUCCUUUAGCCGUGUGGGAGACAA